UUGUGACUCAGCAGACAAUAAAACUGGAUCCAUACGUCAUGUAUCUACACACAGAGUGACCUAUUACAUAACAGAGUUAGGUAACCGGUCGUCUGUACAGCUCAUAUUUCUGAACGGCCAUGAAAGAUAGUUAUUACGACAUUGCGACCUUCAGCUGGUGGAUAUCAAGUUUCUGCACGCAGAGAGUUCUCAGUUAACCAAUGCUAAGCAGCUGAAAGAAAGCGAAUCAUUGGAAAUGUCUAACCUUCGCGUCAAAAUCACAAGUCAGAGUUCUUGUCCGUACGAUGGAGAAACAGAGACAAACACAGUUGGAAGAUCAAUUCUUGCCACUUUCAUCGCAGCCCUUGGUCCUCUCAGCUACGGGUUUUGUAUGGGGUAUUCCUCACCUGCUCUGGAGGAUUUACAAAACGCCGAUAAACCUUCCGAUGUCCAAUUAUCCAGCGAACAGGGAUCUUGGUUUUCAUCAUCAAUUGCGUUUGGUGCCAUUGUUGGAUGUUCUGUCGGUGGUCCGGCGAUGGAAAGGUUUGGUCGGAAGUUUGUCACCAUGUUGUGCGCAAUACCAUUCGUUCUGGGAUGGCUUCUCAUUAGCUACGCUAAGGAUGUUGAAAUGCUUUACGCUGGACGGAUCCUAACAGGCUUAGGAUGUGGAGUAAUUUCCUGCACUAGUCCAGUGUACAUUGCCGAGAUUGCAGCUGCACGCGUGCGUGGUGCAUUAGGCUCCGUUAGAGGACCGGCUUUAACAUUUGGCGCUUUAUUAGCCUACGCAAUGGGUAUCUUGUUUCACUGGAGAUGGCUGGCUUUUAUAGGUGCAGUUCCCCCGGCACUGCUUCUCAUUUUGAUGAUCCCCUUACCAGAUUCCCCCCGCUGGCUCUUGGGAAAGAAUUUCGACAAUGAAGCUAUGGAUGCCUUGUUAUGGCUCCGAGGUCCUCAUGCUGAUGUUCCAGGAGAGUGCAGUACAGUGAAGGCCAAUCUAGAUCGUCACGAGAAGUUUACGUUGGCAGAUUUGAAGACGUCAGCGAUGGUCAAGCCGUUUAUUAUCAGCGUCGGCUUACUGAUGUUACAACAACUAUCGGGAUUCAAUUCAGUGCUCUUUAAUGCUGCAGAUAUUUUCAAAACAGCAGGAUUCUCUGAAGAAAAGCUCGUCUCCUUUAUAAUUGUCUUCGCCCAGCUUAUUGGUAAAAUUGCGGCAUGUUUUCUCGUCGACAGAAUUGGCCGUCGAAUUCUCCUCUUGACUGCUUCCUUUGGAAUGACCAUGUCUCUUUUGGCACUAGGGGUUUACUUUCAGAUUUAUAUUCCCCCGAGUGAUCCAAACACGUGUAAUGGAACGGCUUCACCAUUACACAGCUGCAUAGUCUCUGCCUAUGAAAUCUCCUGGCUCUCAAUCUUAAGUGUUGUUGUAUUCGGUCUGACAUUCUCCUUUGCGUGGGGGCCAAUGCCGUGGCUUAUCAUUUCUGAAGUAUUCCCGCUUCGCGCCCGUGGCCUUGCGUGCAGCUUUGCAUCCAUGGUAUUUUGGAUAACACUGUUUACAGUCACAAAGUCGUAUCAUUACCUGAGUGUGGCACUCACUAUUCAAGGUGUUUAUUGGUUGUAUGCCAGCUUUUGCUUCCUUGGCUUCGUUUUUGUUUACAUACUCUUGCCCGAAACUAAGGGUAAAACGUUAGAGGAGAUUGAGGCUAUUUUUGAGGGGGAAAAGAACCACUUUUCAACAACUCAUUGUUACGGACCACGACAUAUGUUAAAAUCACGAGUUUCUCAAAUGGCGGAGUUACAAAUCGAAAACUCCCACUCGAAAUCUUUUCAAUUCGAUGAACGCAAAGAUAAAAACAGAGUCGGAAGAGUGGUCCUUGCCACUUUCCCUGCUGCUCUCGCCUCCUUCAGCUUUGGUUAUUGUUUGGGAUAUUCAUCCUCUGCUUUGGAGGAUUUACAAAACGAUGAUACAUCCUUCACCAUCAGCCUGGACGUUGAACAAGGAUCCUGGUUCUCAUCCAUGAUAUCUUUUGGUCUGGUCAUUGGAUGUGCGAUUGGUGGAUGGGCGCUUGAAACGUUUGGUCGAAAGGGCACUAUGAUGAUGUGCUCCAUACCUUUCGUCCUUGGAUGGCUUCUAAUCAGUUAUACCCAGAGUGUGGCCAUGCUUUACUCUGGCAGGUUUAUCACAGGUGUAGCGUGUGGCGCUGUCUCCUUCACCACUCCGGUGUACGUUGCCGAGAUUGCAGCCGCCCAAGUGCGUGGGGUGUUAGCCAACCUCAGAGGCCUGAGUUUCACCUUAGGCAUAUUGACAUCCCUAGCACUUGGCGUCCUGUGUCGUUGGAGAUGGCUGGCUUGUAUUGGUGCAAUUCCACCAACUUUCGUCCUUAUUCUGAUGAUUCCCAUGCCCCAGUCCCCUCACUGGUUAUUGGGAAAAAACCGAACCGUUGAUGCGUUGGAAGCUUUAUUGUGGCUACGAGGUCCUGAAGGAGAUGUAGACGAGGAAUGUUCCACCAUUAAAGACACCUUAGAUCGUCAAGGGAGUCUACAGUUUGCAGAUAUCAGAACGGCCACAAUAGCUAAGCCCCUGAUCAUUAGCGUCGGGAUUUUUAUGUUUACAGAGUUCUCUGGAAGUGAUGCAGUGCUCUUUAAUGCAGCAAAUGUCUUCAAAGUUGCGGGCAUUACAAACGAGAAGCUUGUUGCAAUAUCUGUGGGCAUUUCUCAGCUUCUCGGUAACAUUUUUUCGUGUCUCCUCGUGGACAAAAUAGGACGACGAAAGCUACUGUUGACAUCUGCACUCGCAAUGUGUCUGUCCCUAAUAGCACUUGGUGUGUUCUUUGAGAUUUACAUCCCUCCAAUUGAAAGUGGCCCUGCAAGAGACGCAGACGCUUUUCCUGGUUCCACCAGACUCUCUGUUUUAGCCAAAGAGAUUUCCUGGUUUCCAACCUCUUCUAUAUUUCUCUUCAAUUUAAUGUUCGCCUUUGCUUGGGGACCUCUCCCGUGGGUUUUGAUUUCAGAAAUAAAUCCCCUCCGCGCACGUGGCUUUGCCUGCAGUUUUGCGACCAUAGUGUACGGAGUUACACAGUUUGUUGUUACUAAAACUUAUCACUCCAUGGCCACUGCGUUUACCAUCCAGGGCGUUUAUUGGGUUUACGCUAGUUUUUGUUUGCUAGGUUUUAUGUUUGUUUAUCUCCUUCUACCCGAGACAAAGGGUAAAACCUUAGAGGAGAUUGAAGAUCUUUUCGACAGAUCGGUUAGACAAGCAUACGAAAGAAUUGAAUAAUUAACAACAAUCAAUGUCAUUGGCUACUGGUGGAUAUUUAUCAAGUCAGGAAAAAGAUGAACGGUGAAGACUGCUUACGAGCCAAGUGGCCCAUCGGGCCGGCGUUUGAAUCCGGUUUUCGUAGCAUAUAGCGACUAAGAGUAUUUAUUCUCUCCCCUGAAUGUAAUACUAGUUCCUCGCAAGGUUACCCCCCUAGCAUUGAAUUCGCCGGUACCCAUUUAAACACCUGGGUGAAGAGAGGCACUAUGAG